CGGCCGCUUCUUCUCGUCCUAUGAUGGAACUAUUGUCGCAGACAUGCUGCGCGGAGCCUGCUGUCAGUAGAAGUGAUUGCGUUUUUGGCCGUGUUCAGGGUCGCAUUUCCAUUCAUCAACGGGCUAGCUACCCUCCACCUGCCAGGUUUUUGUUGCAAUAUACGCGCUUCUCAUGGUCGGUCUUGACCUCCAAGACCACUGCUGUGUUGCCAUCUUCACGGAUUUCUACUGGUACGUGGCCGGCCUCAUCCAGGCCGGUGGACGUCUCAUCCGCCUCAGCCAGCGAAAGGAAGUAAUAGUCCACAUCCUUAAGGUCAAGGACUCCUAUUACGACUAUAUAGAGCGCAUCAUACGUUUCACAGAGCGCAACGCCCUUGUCGAUUCCCUCUUUAAUCCUCAUCAGGAGGAGACCUGCCGCAACUACAUGGUCGCUGACGCAGAGUCCCAGGACAGUGCCAGAACCACCGCCUUUCGCAAGGCUGCCCAGCUAUGGCUCGAUCCCACGGCGCAUCGACCCGCUGGCACUGGCACAGGCCCUCACUUCUCGUUGUGA